AUGUGUCUCAGCGUAAUGACGCAUGUGACGGUAGGCGAGGCAUUGACGUACAGCUGGAGAGGCGGAGCCGGGUGCUGUAGCGUGUUCGGUAGCGCUGGAGGUGUAGGGCUCGCUCCGGGUGUCGGGAUGGCGGUGUACCAUGAUGAGGUGGAGAUCGAGGACUUCGAGUAUGACGAGGAUACGGAGACGUAUUAUUACCCCUGUCCGUGCGGGGACAAGUUCGCCAUCACUAAGGAAGAUUUGGAAAAUGGAGAAGAAGUUGCAACAUGUCCUAGCUGUUCAUUACUUGUCCGAGUCAUCUAUGAUAAGGAUGAAUUCAUGAAAGGGGAAGCUGUUCCUGAACCGGUUUCUGGCAAAACUGAACUGUUAAAGUGCUGA